UCUAUUUGUGGACACAGAAGUAAUAUUUCUAAUUUACUGAGUUGCCAAAUUUAACAGAAACCUUCUUCUGUCAGAUCACAACUUUCAUUUCCUCACUGUGUGUGUGUGCGUGUGUGUGUGUGUGUGUGUGUGUGUGUGACUCUCACUGCUUUUCCAUUUGAGCUCUGAAUCUUCUUCCCCGGCGACACAGAAAACUCGGCUGUUGACCCCAGUUGUUUGGACCAUGAGAGGUUAUUAUGGGAUAGCUGUGGGCGUGGCCUUGCUCUUGACCACCGGCCAAUGUGACACGAGCUGUGGAGGAAUAGACGGUCAACCCGGAGUCGUAGGAGUGGCAGGUCGAGAUGGAUGGCCCGGGGAGAAGGGACAGAAAGGAGAGCCAGGGUCCCUGUCCGGUGGACUGGGAAGUGUCCUUCUGAAGCUGAGGGGAGAGAGGGGGAGUCGUGGUUUACAAGGACCGAUGGGGCCUAAAGGUUACCACGGAGACGUGGGAGCAGCAGGUCGCCCUGGGAAACCAGGACGCCGCGGUCCUAGUGGAGACAUUCUUAGUCAAGGACAGUCCGGUCGUCAGGCCCACGUGGCCUUCUCCGUCAUCAGGAGAGACAGAAGUUACCCUCGCCCGGCCGGCAGCGGAUCACAGACAAUAACCUACCAGUCCACUGUGGUCAACAAACCUGGCGACAUUGUUGCAGCCACAGGUAUCUUCACCUGCAGAGUUCCUGGCGUUUAUUACUUCACUUUUCACUCUGUUGCCAAGGUUAGCAUGUGCCUGCGUAUAGCCAGUCAGGCUGUGGCUCUGGGAUUCUGUGAUAACAACAAGGGAAAAAGUGAUCACGUGCUGUCAGGGGGCGCUGUUCUGCAGCUCACGCUGGGACAGAGAGUUUGGCUCGAGUCCUUCAGAGACCAGCAGACGGAGUCUGAAAUGCGGGACACGCAGGACAAACAGAUCAUCUUCAACGGCUUCCUGAUCUUCCCAGAUGCUCAGUGACGGUUCAUCUGUGACCACCGUGUUUCUCACGUCUGUUCUCUGGUCUAAAAUAAAAGUCUCCUGUA